AUGGCGACAGGCCUGGUUGACCCCAAGCCAGAGCCUCAGCGGCUAAUGGAAACAGCCCUACAGAACUCAGUCCUCCCAGUUGAACGUCCCAUUUCACUGUUCGAACGAGUGAUCACGACCAAUUCCCCCAUCCUAGAGUCUUUGUUACUCCAAAUUCCGACCGAUACCAUCAUCAAACUUUAUCAUACCUCGCACUACCUUCGCACAUUUCUUCGCUCAUAUCCGACCGCAUGGAGGGCUCUUUCAUUUCGUCUGCUCUACCCAUCAGGUACAUUACCAACCACCCGGAUCAUCGUUCCGGGCAUGUCAGAUCAUGAAUCCCAACGCCAGUCUCGCCCUUAUGCCUUGGACCAACUGUUGAUGAAUGUGGUGAUACCCUUCAGCUCCUGUCUCAAGAGCUUGGAAUUGGAUAAUACUGCUGUUUCAGGACAGAUCUUGAUUUCGACGGUACUGCAUGCGCGCAGGGAAACAUUAGAGCACCUCUCAGUUCGAGGCUGCAAGAAUGUGUCCCUCAAGUAUCACGUCAUCCCAUAUUUGACAAUGUUCGGAUUACAAUACGAUGUGGACAUGGAGAAGAAUAUCGGGAGUUCUCCAGCGACCAAGCGCUUGGUUCUCAAGAGCCUUUACGUGUAUCGAUGCCGCCAUCAUCGCCGCCGGCCUUAUCUCUCGGCCUCGCUGUUGCGCAAGGACUCGGAUUCUGAACCGACUCAUGAACUAGUCAUCCUUUGUCAUAAACUGGGCAUAUGGACCGAUACCGCGUGGUGCACAACGCCUGCUGGCAGGUGCUUUCGCCGGCGUGGAUAUGUUUCCAUGCGUGUCCCACAGGGAUCCCCUGAAGUGUGGGUGGUAUUUGAUCGACUCUGGAGAUGUAAGAACUGGAUUGGGCCAGUGAAUACCGCACAGUCGUCUCGCAUGCAUGAUGGUAAGCUAUGGGAGAACGGUGACUCCGGGACCUAUGGUGAGGCCGUGGGCACUGGCGAGGGUCCUGAUAUGGGCGAGGGUAAGAUGACUCCUGCGCAUCUUCGCCGCAGUCAUACCCAGUUUGUACAGGCUGUGAAAUGCGACGGCUGCAUGGAGGACAUUUCAGAAAGAUGUGAGCAAUGCAGUAUCUUGAUGCAUUGUGUCGGAUGUCGGAGGACUCUAUGUGCCAGUUGCGCUUACGAGCGGCCUUAUCUUCGUCAUGCAAAUUCUGGUGAAGCUACCGAAAAUCACACAAGCAAUCCCGACUCUCUAUGGUGGGCCCCCGGCGCUACGUUCUCACCUAGCUCGAUGCAUGAUCCCGUUCCCAAUCCCCUUGACAACAACUCCUUGUUCAACGGAUCAGCGCCUCCAUCACAUCCUGCUCUAAAGUUUCAUUGGUGUUGCACAGAGCCCAUCUUCUCUGGAGGUGGGGGCAUCAGCAUCGGCACUCCCAGUCGGGACGUGGACCAAGUACGAGCGGUGCCUUUGCCUCGCGGCCGGGGCUGGGAAGACCUCGAGUAUACUGUCAGCGAGUGGAGCAAAACUUUCCCAAAGUACGCUUACGGCGACCCUAGCAAACCGGAUUAUUCCCUCGAGACCGGGCACCUUGCCAUGAUGAAAUGGUUGCUAGGGCCUCCUAAUCGGCAAGUCUCACCAUGCCCCCGGAAUCUAUGCCAGGAGUGCUACGACUCGCCACAGUGGAAGGUCCACUGUAAAAGUUGCUCCAAACCUCUUUGCAUUGAGCAUGACCUACGUGGUCUCCGUUUGCGCAUCUGUGGCUACAGAGACCUUGCUUUUGAAAAAAUGACUAUUCAAAAUCGAUCGGCGGUCAAUCCUCCGUCUCCUAGUGCAUCAAUAGGUCACCUUCCGGCAUAUGACCUUCCUUUCCGGACCCAACGACUUGUCGACUCCACCAACAGCAGUUUCAUCGAUGACCCACCGGGAGAUGAGGUCGUAGAGGACAACUCCGAACCUCUGGGUGGAAAUUCGUCUCUUUUCCCUCGCCAUCCAAACCGGUCUUUCUCCGCCCCACCCUCCAAUCAUUCGGGGUCAUCGUCCCCCUCCUCUUCUUGCUUUGAGCCCACAUUUGAGGCACAGCGGUGGCAAGGGUGUCAAUCGUUCUUUUGUCCUCAAUAUCGUGCCGUCGGUGAUCAACGCCAACGAUGCCCAAGCCAUCUAAGAGAGUGCAAGGCCUGUGCGGUCUAUGUCUGCCAAGAUUGCGUACAAUCCAAUCCCCCAUGCAAGUGCUCCUACUGCGAGGAAAACUAUCUGUGCCCAAACUGCAUGAAAGACCGUGCUCGUGAUGGCACCUGCCGCCGUCGUGAGGAGGAAAAAGCGCGGAGAGAGCGCAAGUGGAAAAAAGACAUGCGAGUCCUUGAGGGGAUUUUGGAACUCAAAGUCGCUAACGAGAUGGCUGAGUUUGCUGGUGAAUUCUUUGGUCUGGUCGAACAUGACCCGGAUGAUUCAGUUCCCACCGGUGUACUCAUUGACAUUCACGAGGCCGAGGAUCCUUUGCCAGGCAGUCCUCAAAGGCCACAUGUUGAGCUUUCUACAGACAUGGGAUCCACUCUAUUCGCUGGCAAUAAUUACCUUGAUUCCCUCUACGAAUUCGAAUAG